AUGUCGUUUGGUCUCUCAAUCGGAGACAUUGUUCUCUGCAGCCAAAUUACCUAUCGGUUAUUCACUGCCGCAACCUCAGGCCGAAAGAAUGCACCACGCGAUCUACGAGAGCUCGAAGGUGUCUUGUUCAGCUUGAAUUACUCUCUGAGUCAGUUGCAAAAGGCUUCUUUAGUUAUUUCGUCCCGAAACUUCAAUACUCUCGACCAUGAUACCACCGAUGUUUCUCAACAAUUAGGGUUUAUGGUCCGCUCGUGCCUCCAAACCCUAGGACAUCUCGAAAGCGCCACAGACAAAUACCGAGCAACGGUUAUCACACCUUCAUUGGCAUCUCACAAUAGACACAGACUCACGAUUUUGCACUCCCGGCCAUUCACUGCUCAAGUCAAAACACAAUGGCGACGGAUCAUGUGGGAUCUCCGAGGCGAGUCUUUGAGCCAAUACCGACGGAAGCUCGAGUCGCAUCUUGGUGCCAUCAAUCUGCUCUUGAAUACGCUCAUAUGGCAAGUUGGGCGAUGUAAUCACCACUUGGAUCUCCCGUCGCUCAUGCAUUCUAGGUCCGCCACUGAUCGCAUCGAACAAGACGGGACGAAGGAUCGAAGAAUUACUACAUCAAGCAUCACACUUCAACAAUGCACUGUUUUACCUGAGACCGAAAACAAGCCGCGCUCCACUGAAUAG